GGUUGUACAAAACAACAAAAUUUCCCUUAUAUUCUUGACUAAUUUGAGCAUUAUUUGUCUCACUUUUGAGUUCCCUCUUUUCACUGACAUAUAGCAGAUUCCAUCUCCAUUUACUAUGAGGAGUUAUUAGAACAUUGAAGCCCCUAAUUCUUGGGCUUUUUGGAAGUCCAUUUUCUUCUCCCCUUGAAACAUGUGAAAGACAGAUCUUUCUUUGUUUUUGUUCCUUUUCUUGUCUUCUUUAGUCCUUGAAACUAUUUUCCCAUUAUUUUAUUUCCCCCCCAUCUCUUUUUCUUGACUUUCUUAAACUAGUCCUCACCUAUUUUUCCUUUUUCUCACCCUCCUCCUUAAGGCCUCAUUUUCUCCUCCUCUUACAAAAGUUUCAAACUUGGAAACCGGGGUGGUCGAGAGCUAACACCAUGUGCUCGGAAGUAUCCUCACCGAGAAUAUCGUUCUCGCAUAAUCUUAUCUGUGAAAGUAGCUCACCCAUGGAUCAGUACGUCGAGUACAGGCGGCGAGACGUGUCCUUGUUGGAUUCGAUAGACUUUGAGUUCAACAUCAGCAUUGAACAUGAAUCUUCUUGUGCAGAUGAGAUUUUUAGUAAUGGAAUCAUUCUUCCUAUCAAAAUUCAAUCUCACAAACAAUCUCAUCCUUCACUUCCUCCUCUUCCUCCUUCCAUAGAUCAUUCAAAGAAAAUCACAUUGGUGAAUUCAUCAUCAUCAUCAUCAUCAUCAUCAUCAUCUUCUUCUUCUUCUUCUUCUUCAGAUCAUCAGUUAGAACAGAGAGUUUCAGAGUCCAAAUCCUUUUGGGGAUUCAAAAGAAGUAUGAGUCUCAACAACUUUGAAACUAAAACACUAUCUCUUUGCCCAAUUCCACUUUUAUCAAGAAGCAACUCAACUGGGUCAGUUUCAAAUUCAAAAUCCAAAAAGUUCAAAGAUUCACAAAAGCAAAAUUCUCAGAAACAGAACUCAUCAUCAAUGCGAAAGUCGUCGCCAUCGUCGUUAAAUCAAUACCCAACAAUUCUAAAGCCUCAAAUGUGCAAGAAUCCAGGUGGGGUUUAUGGAAAUUAUCAUUAUAUUGGUCCUGUGUUGAACGUUCCUCCAAAGUUUUUUGGUUUUGGUUCACUUCUUGGAUGUGGGAAAGAAAAAAAGAGUAAGAAAUGACUUCUGUUCAUCAUUUUGUUUGUAUUUUUCUUUUCUUGUUCAGUUUAAAAUCAGCAGCUGGCUUUGAUAAUGUGUAAUAGGUUUGUUACAAAUUUCUAUACCGUUUUUUAAGCUGAUUUUUUGUGAAAGAUAUAUUAAUAUAUUAUC